AUGAGUUCCGGGUCGGCAUUUUUCGAGAAGUACGCCCCCCUCUUCCAGACAAACGCCAACGGCGAGGAGCCCGAAUAUGAGCUCCUUUCGAAGGAAGGUGUCUCUGUGGCUAAGGGACCCGAUGGACUUGACUUUCUCAAGGUCGAUCCUGAGGCUAUCGCUAACCUCACGCAGACCUGCAUCAAGGAUAUUGAGCACUAUUUCAGGAGUGCUCACCUCGCACAGGUCCAGAAGAUCCUCGAGGACCCGGAGGCUUCUGCCAAUGAUCGUUUCGUUGCCCUCGAGUUGUUGAAGAAUGCCUGCAUCUCUGCUGGUCUCGUUCUACCCUCAUGCCAGGAUACUGGUACCGCCUGUGUCUACGGUUAUAGAGGCGAGCGCGUUCUUACUGGCGGUAUUGAUGAGGAGGCUAUUACCAAGGGUGUUUAUGAUGCUUACACCCAAGAUAAUCUCCGUUACUCCCAGGUCGCUCCCUUGAGCAUGUUCGAGGAGAAGAACACUGGCUGCAACUUGCCCGCUCAGAUCGAACUCUACGCCGGUCAUCCUGGUGAUGAGCUCGCUUACAAGUUCCAUGUCAUUGCCAAGGGUGGUGGAUCUGCCAAUAAAUUCCAACUCUUCCAGAAGACCAAGGCCUUCCUUAAGGAGAAGGAGUUUGAGAGCUUCCUUAUGAAGGAGAUUGCUCACUUCGGCACUUCUGCUUGCCCUCCCUAUCACAUCGCCGUUGUUAUCGGCGGUCAGUCUGCCGACCAGACUAUGAAGACUGUCAAGUUGGCAUCCACUAAGUAUUACGAUGGUCUCCCCACCAUUGGUGAUUCUACCGGUCGUGCCUUCCGGGAUCUUUACUGGGAGGAGAGACUUCUCAAGAACUGCCAGGAACUCGGUAUCGGUGCUCAGUUCGGCGGCAAGUACUUCGCGCACGAUGUACGCGUUGUCCGUCUCCCUCGUCACGGUGCCUCUUGCCCUGUCGGCCUGGGUGUUAGUUGCUCUGCUGAUCGUCAGUGCCUCGCUAAGAUAACCCCCGAGGGUGUCUUCAUCGAGAAGCUCGAGAAGAAUCCCGCCAAGUACAUGCCAGAUUUUGUUGGUGAUAAUGAUGAGGCUGUUAAGAUCGAUUUGAACUUGCCCCAGAAGGAGGCUCUCGCCACCUUGAGCAAGUAUCCUGUUAAGACCCGUGUUGCCCUCACCGGUACCAUCAUCGUUGCUCGUGAUAUCGCCCACGCUAGAAUGAUGGACAUGCUUCAGAGCGGCAAGGGUCUUCCCGACUACAUCAAGAAGUACCCUGUGUACUACGCUGGCCCUGCCAAGAAGCCUGAUGGAAAGCCUUCCGGUUCCUUCGGACCCACCACCUCUAACCGUAUGGACCCUUACGUUGAGCCCUUCCAGGCCAACGGCGGCUCCAUGAUCAUGAUCGGUAAGGGUAACCGUAGCGAUAUGGUGACUGAUGCCUGCAAGAAGCACGGUGGUUUCUAUCUCGGCUCCAUCGGUGGUGUCGCUGCUAUUCUCGCUGACAAGAGCAUCAAGAAGGUCGAGUGCCUCGAUAUGGAGGAGCUCGGCAUGGAGGCCGUGUGGAAGAUCGAUGUCGUCGACUUCCCCGCUUUCAUUAUUGUUGAUGAUAAGGGUAACGACUUCUUCAAGAUGGGCAAUGCUAGCGAACAGAAGAUGACUUUCUCUCAGUAGGUCGUUCAUAUGCAAGUAAUUGUAUCAGUCUGUUGUGACCGUAUAGCAUUUAUACUCGCAAUAUCAUAGCGAAGAUUGAUGUGUUAUCUUUAUAGUUACAUUC